AUGCAGAUCAUAGUGGAUGUAUUCCACACUAGUCGUCCUAUUGCCAUCAAUAGCUUGCUCUUUGCCGAUGAUGUUGCUAUCUUUGGGUCUUUGUCUGGUGUCCAGUCUAUUAUGUUGGAUCUUGCUGCUGAACACUCUGUCUGUCUUGGUUAUAGGUGGAAGCCAUCUAAAUGUGCUGUGCUUGGUUCUCCUGCUGCCCUCUCUGGUACUCGUCUGACCCUUUACAAUGAGCCGCUGCCGGUGGUAGAUGAGUUUGUGUAUUCUCUUCGCUCGGCUACUCUACCUGAGGAUAGUCUUGUGGUGGUUCUGCGUGGUGCUUUGUCGUACACUCGAUUGGAUCGGUAUAUCUGUGAAAACAGUUUGUAUAGAUCUCUGCCUGACCCUGUCCCUUCAUUUGCUGGUCUCAAGACUCAUUUCUCUGACCUCUGGCAAAAUCAGGUGGAUCAACAACUGGCUGCUGCUACUACUACUGGUAAACAUGUCCUGCUUCGUGCGUGCCGUCCUUCUGCCUCUCGCCUUGAUCCCAUACUGUAUUUACCUAUUGGUCGAUCUGCUCGUAGUCGUUUGGUUCGUUGGCGUCUUGGUCGUUUUGCAAACAUGCGUGAGGAAUGUCCCUGCAUGGAUGGAUCUCUCAUCUCUCGAGAUCAUUUCCCUCAAUGUCGUGCUUUGGAUCGUGAUCUGUGGGAUGCUCUGCCUGCUGCUCCUCCUGGUGUACAUGUCAUUGACAAUGCUCUCAACAUGCUGCCUAUAAGUGGUUCUGCUGGUCCUCCAGUGUACUGGUCUGCGUUGCUGUCUUUGCUUCAUGCAAUCGACUGUCUGGUCCACCCUUUGGCUACUAUCGCCUCUGAUCCACCCUUUGGCUACUAUCGCCUCUGA